AUGAGCCUCUCCAGACCAGACGUGGUACCCCUGCCGGACCCGCCGGUCGAGGUAGUGGCAAAGCGCCCUCGCGUAGAGGGCUUCAGCUUCUCAGGGUCCGUGGCCAUCAAGGUCUCAGCCAAGCCGUGGCAUGAGGAGGAUCGCAGAAGUUCUGCUCUUUUCCAAAUACAGACCGUGGUGGAGGCGUGGCCCAACGCGUUAGGCCUGGCAAGGCUGUGCCGUACGUUAGACGGCAUGGAUUUCGAGGAGCUGACGUACAGCAUUGAGGCGAGCGUCUCGCGCAAAGCGACGUCCACCAUCGUGCGACGCCUCAGCAGCUUGACCCACUACGUUAAGUGGAGCGCGACAACUUCCAUCACACCAUUUCCGGUUACGGAAAAGGCCGCGUGGGCCUAUCUGGUGCACCUGCGGCGAACGGAAGCAGCAUGGUCGAAGCCAGGCAGCUUCCAGCAGUGCAUCAAUUGCUGUCGGGGCGUCCUCGACUUGGAAGUCGAGCCUGACUUUAUGAAUAGCCCGCGCGUAGCGGGCCUUUGCAAAGGCUUCGAGUCGCCCGUCCCGGCACCGAAGCGUGCUCCAGCCCUCACGUUCGAGGAAGUCAGAUAUAUCGAGGCCAUCGCAGCCUCAGGUCCUAACGUUCAGGACGUCGUCAUAGUAGGGGCGAUUUUGUUCAUGCUGUUUGCCUGCGCUCGAGCGAGCGAUGCAGCCAGAGCGGUCUCGCUGCACGUGGAUUUUUCGGAUUCCACGGGAUCCACCGUGUGGAUCGAAGCAGAGGUCAAGAAGAGCAAGACGGCCAUGGGGGCCCGUUCCCGCAUGCUUCUGCCCUUGCUGGUGCCGUGCGGCAUUUUUGACGAGAUCUGGGACUUUCCAGAGGCCACCCGGCUCAGUAGCCACAGCCUGAAGGCGACCGGGCUUAGCUGGGCGGCGUCCGGGGUCCCGCUAGACACCAGGCGCCUUCUUGCGCACCAUGUGCACGACGGUGCGCGUAGCACAGAAACAUAUAGUCGAGACGUUCUCGCGCCGGCCGCACGCGUUUUCGAGGAGGCGCUUUUGGCCAUCGGAGCCGGCGACUUCGCUCCAGACAAUCCUCAGUUCGCGGGCAAGAACAACACUUUACGCCUGUCGGCAGAGCCACCCGUGGUGGAGGAGGACGUCUUCCUCAGACCCAGGAAACCGGCCGCGCAGGAGUGGCCGCUGGCCGAUGAGCCGGAUGUUCCGGAGGCAAAAGCUCACCUCUCAGACACUGACAACAGCGCAUCAGAGAGGGAGAGUGAGGACGAUAUGCCGCUGGACCCACCCCUGCCUCAGCAUCGUGAAAG